AUGAUGUAAAAUUAUUAAAGACAUGAAAAAGAAAUAACAAAUAGAAUUAAACACGUUUUAUUAUAUAACUUAGAUGACAUUAAUAGUGCUGUUAUUUUAUUUAAAAUAGAGAAUUUAGAGGAUUAAAAUAAUAUUCAUAAUUUCCUUAAAAAGAAAUUUAAUAAAACAGACUUUGAACUAUACGAUGUAAAUGCGGAUAAAAUAGAGGUUAUAAGAUUAUAAGAUUUGGAGAGCAUAAAAAUUUACUUUUUAGACAACUCAAAUAAUAUACAGAGUAAACAAUCAAUUGCUUAAUUAAUAAAUAAGUUUUUUCAUAGAGACAGAUUUAUUAAAGAUAUUCAAAAAAAGUUAAAGAAAGGUAUAACUUAAAACUAAAAUGUAGAAGAAUUAGAUUUAGCUCUAAUCGAUUUAUUAAAAUAAACAGAUUCUAUGCUCAUACUUAAACUUAUUAAUCCAAUAGAAGAAUGGCUAAAACAAUUUAAUUUUGAUGCAACUAAAGAAUAGAAUAAUUCAAAAAACUAAAUUCAGCAAACUUUCAAUUAAAUGAAAAAUGAACUUUAUUAAAUAGUUAAAAAACAAAAUAAUACAAAUUAGAGAGAUUAAAUAAACAUAUAUAACUAAUUGUAAGAUGAAAAUGAAUCUCUCAAAUAAAAAAAUACAAAAUUUGAAGAAGAGAUAUAAAAAUAAAGUUAAGAAAAAGAAAGAAUAAAAUAGGAAUGGUUUGAUAACCUAAAUGAAUAAAAAAAUAUUAAUAAAACAUUGUAAGAAUAGCUAAAUAACAAUAAUGAAAUGAUCAAAUAAUUAUUAAAUGAUAAAAAAGAAUUAAAAUAAUAAAAGGAAGAUUAAGAGAAUUUAGUUAAGAAUUUAAAAUAUGAUAAUAGAAAAUAAAUAAUUGAAAUCGAAGAUUUAAAAAUAGAUAAUUUAAACCUUAAAAAAUAAAUAAAGCAACUUUAAACUCUUGUUGAUGAAGCUAAUUCUAAUUCUACAAAUCAAAAAUUAAUUUAAGAAUAAGUUUUUAAAAAAUAAAACUAAAGAUAUAAUGUUGAUUAAAAUAAUUAACAAGAAUAAUUAUUAGUUAAAGCAAAUUUUAAUGUAAAUCAACCUAAUAAAUCAUAAAGUUAAUAUAAACAAUCAGAGAUUAUUGAUAAAGAUUUAUGUCCAUAAGUUCCCUCAACAUAAAAUUAUUUAAAAUAAUAAGAAGAUUUAUAAAAAGAAUAAUAAUCAAAAGUUCCCUCAACAUAAAAUUAUUUAAAAUAAUAAGAAGAUUUAUAAAAAGAAUAAUAAUAAAAAGUUCCCUCAACAUAAAAUUAUUUAAGAUAAUAAGAAGAUUUAUAAAAAGAAUAAUAAUCAAAAGUUCCCUCAACAUAAAAUUAUUUAAAAUAAUAAGAAGAUUUAUAAAAAGAAUAAUAAUAAAAAGUUCCCUCAACAUAAAAUUAUUUAAGAUAAUAAGAAGAUUUAUAAAAAGAAUAAUAAUCAAAAGUUCCCUCAACAUAAAAUUAUUUAAAAUAAUAAGAAGAUUUAUAAAAAGAAUAAUAAUAAAAAGUUCCCUCAACAUAAAAUUAUUUAAGAUAAUAAGAAGAUUUAUAAAAAGAAUAAUAAUCAAAAGUUCCCUCAACAUAAAAUUAUUUAAAAUAAUAAGAAGAUUUAUAAAAAGAAUAAUAAUAAAAAGUUCCCUCAACAUAAAAUUAUUUAAGAUAAUAAGAAGAUUUAUAAAAAGAAUAAUAAUCAAAAGUUCCCUCAACAUAAAAUUAUUUAAAAUAAUAAGAAGAUUUAUAAAAAGAAUAAUAAUAAAUAGUUCCUUCAUCAAAUAUGUUCUAAAGAUAAUAAUAAAUCCCAAAAUUUCAAAUUGAAGAGAUGGAUUAAAACACAGAAUUUUAAAAUUCUUGUGGACAUAAAAUCACAAUAUAAUAAUUAGAAUAAUAACUAAUAUCUGCAUUUUAAUAGAAAAGAGAUCCAAAGUGUCCAAAAUGUUAUUGCAAAUUAUCAAAUUGGUCAAAUUAAUUUCCUCAUUUAUAGAUUAAAGUUAAAGAGGAAAUAAAUAUAUACACUUUAAAAAAAAUUUUAAAAUUUUCAGAGUAUUAAAUAAUAAGAAAAUAAUUGUUAGUAGCUAAGUGUAAAAAUAUAAAAUGUAAUUUCUUUUGUUUUUGGGAUUAGAUGGGUUAAUUUGCAAAUUUAUCCUCAGCCUUUUGUCAAAACUGCGAUUUAAAAACGGUUUAAAAACCGUAUUGA